AUGUCGACCACUACGAAGCCAAUUGUCCUACACCUCGGUGAUCCCAUCAAGUUCAACCCCGACCUCUACAAGGAGCUCGAGGCGAAGUUCACCGUCAUACGCCCGUCAGUAGAGGAGAGGCAAAGAGAGCCAUUUCUACAAGCCCUACGAGACAGGAAAUGGGGCGACUUUCAGGCAGUGAUGCGGCCCUUCUGGGUCGGCGGUGGUGAGAUGGGCCGCUGGGAUGCCGAGAUGAUCCCUCUCCUACCCAAGUCUCUCAAGGUCUACGCCUCGGCCGGUGCUGGCUAUGACUGGGCGGACGUGGACCUGAUGGCAGAGGCUGGCAUUCUCUACUGCAACGGUGCCUCGGCCAGCUCAGAAGCGGUCGCCGACAUGGCCCUAUACCACAUCAUCUCCGUCUUCCGCAACAUGCAAUGGAGCAACAUGGCCGCUCGGUCGGGCGACUCAGACGCUUUCCUCGAUGCGCACCGAAACGCCCCAAUCGGGGCACAUAACCCGUCCGGUCACACACUGGGUGUUGUUGGUCUAGGGAACAUCGGUUAUAGGAUCGCUGUGAAGGCUUACCGGGCCUUCGGGAUGAAAAUUGUCUAUAACGAUCUCUUCCCCAAGAGCGCCGAGCAGGAGGCGGCACUGGGCGGCGCAAAGCGAUAUGCAGAGCUCGACGAGAUGCUCAGCGUUGCAGACUGCGUGGUCAUUGCGACUCCCGGCGCAGGCGGCAAAAAGCUGAUCGACGCGGAGCGAAUUGCCAAGAUGAAGAAGGGGAUCAGACUGGUGAAUAUCGCCCGAGGCAGUCUCAUCGACGAGAACGCGCUGGUGGAUGCGCUCGAGAGCGGCCACAUCUACUCCGUCGGACUCGACGUCCACGAAGACGAGCCGAACGUGCACCCGCGGCUGCUCAAGUGCAGGAAUGCGACGCUUACAUCUCACACAGCCGGCGGUGCAUACGAGACAAAUGUAGGAUUCGAGGAGCUAUCAAUGAGGAACGUCCUGGCUGUCCUGACGGGGCAGGCGCCUUUGACACCUGUAAAUAAGCAUAUGAUGAAGAGCCAAUAA